AUGGAUAUUCCCGGGAAAUUCCCAAUUUCUAUCUUGAAUUGUUCAAAGCUUCAAGUUUUAGAUCUUUCUUAUAAUCAAUUUGUCGGAAAUAUUCCAAAUGAUAUCGAUAGACUUUCAAACCUUCGGGAAAUUAAUCUGAAUUCGAAUCAUUUCUCAGGUAAUAUUCCUUCUUCAAUUGGAAACUUACAGUACCUACAGACGUUACAUCUUGGUAACAAUUUAUUGACUAGUUUUCCACCUGAAAUCGGAAAUUUAUCAAGCCUUGAAUAUCUUUAUUUCUAUUUUAAUGAUUUUUUGCCGUCAAAAAUUCCGAAUGAAUUCAUCAAGUUAAUAAAGUUGAGGCAUCUUUACAUGGAAAAAUCGAAUUUAUAUGGAGAAAUUCCGGAUUGGAUUGGUAACUAUUCAAAUCUGGAAUUUCUUUAUCUUUCGGAGAACAAUUUGAAUGGAAAAAUUCCGGAGAAUUUGUUUUUGUUAAAAAACUUAACGGGAGUGGAGUUAUAUGAUAACAAAUUGUCCGGUGAAAUUCCGAGAGAAAUCGAAUGUUUAAUUAUGGCAGGUAUUGAUCUUUCACAUAAUGAGUUAACAGGUUCCAUUCCGGAAGGUAUUGGUAAACUGAAGUAUUUGUCAGAGUUAGAUAUGUCAAAUAAUCGAUUAACGGAAGAAAUACCGGCAAGUAUUGCUUCACUUCCAUUAGUUACAAUGAUUUGGUUACAUCAAAACAACUUAUCGGGUGAAUUACCCAUACCUUUUGCAAAUAGUGGUAACUUCGAGUUAAGGCUUAACAACAAUAUGUUAAGUGGUGAGAUUCCGUUUAGCUUUUGGUCAAAUGGGAACUUAUCGUAUGUAAGCCUAAACAAUAAUAUGUUUUCUGGGGAACUUCCUGAUAAGUUGAAUCCAGCAUUACGCUUUCUCAACCUGGCGAAUAACAACUUUGGAGGCAGGUUACCCACAAGUUUUGUUUCAAACCCAAACCUUCAGAUCCUUUCGUUAAGGUCUAACAGAUUCAAUGGGUCGAUUCCUGAAAAUAUUCUUCAUUUGCAAAAGCUUCAAUGGUUAUCACUAAAUAAUUUCUCGGGUCAUAUUCCUACAAGAUUAGGUUACUUGAUUGGAAUGAUAAAUAAUUCUGAUACUUACUUGGAUACUGGUGAUGUUCAACUUGCAACUAAAGGAAUCAUGAUACCACUUGACACAAUGUACAACUCUAGCGCAGUGAUUGAUUUAUCAUGUAACUCUUUUGAGGCAAACAUUCCAGAAGAGAUGGGCUUAUUAAAACUAGUUUCUUCACUUAAUUUGUCCCAUAAUCAUUUCUCCGGUAACUUCCCAGAGAGUAUAGGAAACUUAUCAGCCCUGGAGUCUUUAGAUUUAAGUUCCAAUAGGCUGUCUGGAAAGAUUCCACAAUCUUUGGCAACAAUCGAUUCUCUUCAGGUUCUAAACUUAUCUCAUAAUCAGCUGAGUGGCAAGAUUCCGGUUGGAGCACACUUUGAUACACUGAGUUUAGAUGGUUUAGCUUUCGUUGGAAAUGAUUUAUUAUGUGUAUUACCAUCCGAUAAAGUUUGUGAGGCUGAUCGAAAUGCUAGUGCCGAUGAUGUCAAUCCUGCAAAUGAAGUUGAUGAAGUGGAUCGAGGGGAUACAGAAGAAAAUUUAUUGUUGUAUGCUAUUGCUGCCUCGGGAUUUGUAGUUGGAUUUUGGGGUCUUUUCUUUGUUUUGUUUAUGAAGAAACACAAAUGGUGGUUUCCGUAUUGGAGAUUUAUUGAUUCUGUGGCUGUUAGAAUAACCGUUUACGUCCAAAAGAAUUGA